GUUCUAGCCCUGACUUGGGUUCUACUUAAAGGUCUGGGCUCCAUGACACCACAAUUGGAUCCAGGAACAGUUGCUGCAGGUGACCAUGUUUCGUCUGUAUUUCUCAUUCUUCCUUUGUUUGGUUUGGCUUGGACUGCUCUCUCUCACAGGGGCAGAGGAAAACCAAGCUGAAUCAAGGGAAAAGAGGAAUGUGCCUAACUGGGCAAUGACUUCUUCAGACUUUUUCGGCUGGAUUGAAGAGCUGCGUUCUCAUGGUGGUUAUGACAAGAUCGAGGAAUUGGCCAGAACUUUCUGGGCUCACUUUCCUUCUGCCAGCCGCCUGGGUUACGACCCUCCCGCUCCAGAAGAAUAACGCCAUCUGAAUCUUGAAGCGUGUGUGUUAUCGAGACCAUUUGCCCCUUUCAUUAUGGCACGGCUCUUGGAAAAAGAGACAAACAACCUUUAUUAAUCAGCUAGACUUGAUUUGAGCCAGGGCAAGAUGCCCUGAGAAAGGUUUGUUGUUGUUGUUUAUGUUGCAUAAAACCUGUUAUGUAACAGCAUCCAAAUCAAGUAAAAGUCUUCUGUUCACAAA